UCUGGUUUUCGUCCUGUCCUGUGUGGUGUGUGUGUCUUGUGAUCGAAAGUAGUGUACGAUCAGGCAAGAUGAACGACUCGGUAACUGAUUUUGGCGAACGUAAGGGCUUCUAGGACACGUUUUAUAGAACAUAGGAAAGCCUGAAGAGGCCGACAAAAUUUGGGCGAUUACUGUGCAACUAGACGCUGGCCUGCCGCGUAGAAAUGCUGGUUCCUCAUCUGCUGCAACUGAAACGAUAGCAAGGUCGCUUCAUCCUUAUUAAGACUCCGGCACAAAAUAAUGAAUGGUAUUUUCCUCGCUGUGAGUGAGGAUUUGUCUGUGGCAUUUUCCAAGUAGUGCUAAACUGGAGGAAUGCCUACAAUUCCAGCCUCAAAAUUGGGUCAAAACAAUGUCUCAGCCAGCCAGUCAUCUUGUUGUAUUCGCUUGCAUGUAUUUUACAAGGUUGUUAUUGCUUCAGUGAUCAUCUUAGUUAUUCUACAAUACUGCUUUAGUGCCAUCACCGAAAGCCACAAAUACGAGCCAUGGUUUAGUAUAAGCCACCCCCAAUAUCCACAAAAUGCGCGUGGUAAACAUAUUGCCAGCUCGCCCACCGGCAGCCUUUUUGAAAGACAUGAAAAUGAAUCACAAGCGUCAGCAUCCACAAAUGCCACAGACUCCGGUGGGAAUCUUCCUAAAUGUCCUCCUGUCCCACCACAUUUGGAGGGUCCCAUAACAGUUCAUAAAGAAGACGUGUCCACCGAAGUGUUGGAGCAAAAGCUCGGCCAGAGUCUUCAGCCAGGAGGAUUUGGCAAGCCGGCAAAUUGUCUGGCCAAGGAGAGUGUAGCCAUUAUUGUGCCCUAUCGCGCUCGAGAGACACACUUGAGAGUGUUGCUCGCGAAUUUGCACCCAUUGCUGCGCAGACAACAGCUGCAGUACGCGAUUUUUGUAGUAGAACAAGCUGGCAAUGGGCCGUUUAAUCGUGCCAUGCUGAUGAACGUUGGCUACAAGGAGGCGCUCAGACUGAAUAACUUCACCUGCUUCAUAUUCCAUGAUGUCGAUCUGCUACCAGAGGAUGACAGAAACAUUUACUCCUGUCCUGAACAACCUCGGCAUAUGAGUGUUGCGGUUGACGUAUUUUCAUACAAAUUGCCGUACGCUGAGAUAUUUGGAGGCGUCAGCGCCAUGAGAAAAGAGCAAUUUGAACUUGUGAAUGGUUUCUCCAAUCUCUUUUGGGGUUGGGGUGGUGAAGAUGAUGAUAUGGCCAACCGCAUCAAGUUCCACAAACUUCACAUUUCAAGGUAUCCAACCAACAUAGCCCGUUACAAAAUGCUAACUCACAAAAAGGAGAAGGCAAAUCCAACCAGGUACAAGUUUCUGUACAGUGGAAAACGGCGGUUCAAGACAGACGGCCUGAACUCACUGAAGUAUAGUCUCAAGAAGAGGGAGCUGAAGCCUUUGUACACAUGGCUCUAUGUAGACAUCGGAAGCUCCAAAAGCAGCUGAUGGCACGCCUGGGCUGAUAAGAUUUUGGGCCACCUGGUAAACUAAGGAUCUGAAUUUUGUAUCUGGAAAGUGAUUGUCUGAUAAGAUAAGGUAUUAUGGACAAUAUAGGACUUAACCUGUCACCCUGUAAGUUAUAACAAGUGAGACAAAUCUCAAUAUAAAAUUUUUGAUCAUCCCGUCAACCGCUUUUGUAUUUAGAAUCUUAGAGGCAGCAGUGUUAAAAUAUUAGUACAGGCCAAUUCUUCCAAAGUUAACAGCGAAUCUUUUUGUCCUGGUUUUGUGAUCAGGCUUGUGAUAUUAAUAAUAUUUUGUCAUUUGGAGGGUUAAAUUCAGUUUUUUGCUGAUAUCAUGCGUAUCAGCUGGAUUUGUUUUAACUGAAAUUCCUCCAUGUGUCUCGUUUUAAUGCAUCCUUGAAUUGUUCCAUGCUCAAAAUCGGUGAUAGGCUGUGUAUAUUUAGAUCUGGUUGACUUCAUUUGUUUAAUGACGCACUCCAAUGUAGAAUCAUUACAGUGAUAAAAUAGUUAAAAUUUUGCCUAGUUAUUUUUGCCUCUUCCUGGAGUAUCAAGACAUUUGAUUCCAUUGCAUUUGCCAUUUAAAUCUCACUGAUAAAAAUAUCACUAGCAUUAGUUUCAAAACAUUUGAAACAUAACUAAUUAUUUUUGGCUAAAACCAACAGUAAAAUCGAUAAUAUCUCACAAUAAUUAUCACUCCCUUGUCAGUUUAUCUCAAUUAAAAGAAAUGAAUGGUCUGCGUUGCAUUGAGAAUCAUCCCUUAGUUUAGUACGAGUAUCUUUUAAUUGAGAUAACUAAUUAUAUUAGAUUUUUAAAUGAUCCGACCCACUGCAAAUGUAUCAGAAACUGAAAUUGUCUGAAAAAAUCCAUGAGAAAGUGCGUUAGAAUGAUUUCAUCAAUAUUGUAGUAAAUGUUGCACAUCUCUAGUCACUUAAUGAUUGGAUGGCAAUGUACAUUGGAGAUGUUGGUACAUUCAUACUUUUAAAUAAAUUUGCCCACCAGCCAAACGGCAAAAUGGCCCCAACCUGUCAUUCCAAAGAGUUAAAAAUAAAGUUUGUUAAUUAAUGAAUACGCGAAAUAAUAUCAAA